AUGCCACCGAAAAAAACACCCAAAUCCGCCUACGUCAUCACCGAGUCUGGGAACCGCAUUUCGAGAAAAGCUGCUCUGUCAGGACUCCAGAAUAUCGUGCUAGGAGGCAAGACCGUGAUAGAUCACGGAUCCAAGAUUAGAGGCGACCUCCAACGACCAGGAAGCACCGCUCCAAUCAUCGCAAUUGGACGUUACUGCAUCAUCUCGACGCAGGUGACUGUGGAACCACCUUGCAAAGACGAGGCCAAGGAAAACUACUAUCCCGUUAGAAUUGGCGACUACGUCUACAUUGGCGACAACAGUGUGACCCAAGCUGUUCAGAUCGGCUCCAACGUGGAAAUAGGCGACAAUUGCGAGAUUGGCAAGUUCUGUAUCAUCAAAGAUUGUGUCAUUGUUGAUCCGGGGUCGGUGAUACCUCCAAGAACGGUAUGUGCCCCUUUCACGCGAUGGGCUGGCGUUCCUGCCGUCGAAAUCGAGGUCUUGAGCGAAAGUACAGCCGAAAUGGUCCAGCUGAGGAAUAGACAGCGCUAUCUCGACAUUGAGUGA